AUGCCAGGCAGAAACCACACUGUAGUGACAUAUUUCAUCCUCCUGGGAUUCUCCAGCCUCUUGGAGAUGCAGGUGUUGCUCUUUGUGCUGGUGCUGACCUCCUUCACCAUCACUCUGAUGGGGAACAUGCUCAUCACAGCACUGGACCGGACCCUCCACACCCCCAUGUAUUUCUUCCUCUGGAACCUGUCUUUCCUGGAAAUCUGCUACACCUCCAUCACCAUCCCCAAGAUGCUGGCCAAUCUGCUUGCGGAGAAGAAGAGUAUUUCCUUCACUGGCUGUGCCACUCAGCUGUAUUUCUAUCUCUUCUUCGCCACAGCAGAGUGCUACCUCCUGGCAGCCAUGGCUUAUGACUGCUACGUAGCCAUCUCCCACCCACUACGUUACACCGCCGUCAUGAGCAACAGAGUCUGUGUUCUGCUGGUGGCCGGGUCCUAUGUCGCCGGCAUCCCCGUCUCCUUUGGGCAGACCCAACUGAUAUUUAGUCUACCCUUCUGUGGGCCCAAGGAGAUCCACCACUUCUUCUGCAACAUCCCCCCUCUGCUGAGGCUGGCCUGCGCCGACACCUACCUGAACGAGAUGGAUAUAUUUGUGGUGGCCGUGCUG